AUGAAACUGAGGAAGAAACAGGGUGGAAGCAGCCAAAGGGCGAUUAUAAAAACCAUCGAGCAUGAGCAGCCACAAAGCAAUUGGCCAAGGAAGGAAGCAAGAGGGAAUAUAAGUUGUGAGCAUAUGUUUAGUGGUAAAGGAGACAAGCUGUUACUGGGCAAUAACAAACAAGUCAAAGAUAUUAGAUUACAAGGUUCAGAUAUAUCAGAAUCUAUCCUCCUUCGAAGAACUGAUUCCAAAAGUCCAAUAGAUGGUAGAGAAGUUGGUGCCUGCACUGUUGAGCUUCAGUUAGUGCCUCUUUUCAAUUCGGACCUUUUCUUUCGAUAUCAGAUGGUUCCCAGAUUGUUAAUGGAACGAGCUCUGGCUCGAGGAGGAAUGAACAAUGUCAACAAGCAGCUUACGAGUCAUAAAAUGCAAAGCCGCAGUGUGCAAGGCAAAAGGGGAGCCAGUAAGGUUGGAAGAGGGUAUUGGGGUGGUGGAGAGCGUGGGCGCGGGAGUCACAGAGUUCAAAGAAGGAGACCUAGUCAUCCCCACAUUUCUCGAGUCAUAGAGUUCAAAGAAGGAGACCUAGUCAUCCCCACAUUCCUCGGAGAGUGCAAGCAAUGUGAGAAUUGCAAGUCAGGACAGACAAAUGUGUGCACAACAUAUCCUAUGCCUAUGCAUGGUCUAAUGCCUGACAACACUACAAGAAUGUCUCUCGGAGGCCAAAAGUUGUACCACCUAUUUAGCUGCUCCACAUGGUCAAAGUACACAGUUGCUAAUGUCAACUAUGUUGUCAAGAUUGAUCAUCGAAAUAUGCCAUUGGCACAUGCUAGCUUCAUCUCGUGUGGCUUCACAACCGGAUUAGGUGCACCGUGGAAGGAAUGCAAGGCCGGAGAGGACUCAUCCGUUGCAGUGUUUGGUCUUGGCACGGUUGGAUUGGGUGCGAUACAAGGGGCUAGCAUGCAAGGAGCAUCCAGAAUCAUUGGCAUUGACAAAAAUGAAGUGAAAGCUGCAAAGGGACAGGUUUUCGGGAUGACUGAUUUUAUCAAUCCGGACAAAUAUGAUAAAUCUAUCGCAGAAUUAACCAGGGAGGGAACCGGAGGAAGUGGUGCAGACUAUUGCUUUGAAUGCACCGGAGCUCCACCAUUGGUGGCGGAGGUCCUAGACGAUGUUAAACCGAGAAGAGGGACUUUGGUACAAAUGGGAGUAGGGCCUAAGCCGGCUAUGGAGGUCUUGUUUUCGACACUCUUGCAGGGUAGAACUGUGAAGGGUUAUGCUUUUGGAGGGAUAGAAAGCAAGUCUGAAUUACCCAUUGUUGUGGACAAAUGUGCUAAUAAGGAGAUCAAUCUGGAUGAGCUUUUGACUCAUGAAAUUUCAUUGGAUGAAAUAGAUCAACCACUUGACCUGCUGAAGAAACCAGAUUGUGUCAAAGUACUUAUCAAGAUCUGAGUGAUCUUAGCAACAGCUAAAAACAGAUUGUAUAGCAUGUAUAUGAAAUAUUUGGUAAAGAGUUGAAUAAUUUAUGUAGCAUUUGCGGAAUACAUUGAUUGUAUAAAUAAAGUGGAAACAUUUUAUAGAAAAUGUGAAGGAUCCAAUUACACGUUCUUUAAUUGUGUGAAUGACCAAACUACACCACAGGAGGCCUUGGCAAAUAAUAA